CUGUCUCUUGAAAUGAAGUCACUGAUAUCUGAUAUGGGUAAAACGUAUCCAUCCGAGAGAAACCCAGAAAUGAACGUUCAUGGAAAACUACUGAAGAAAGGUAUAGAUUUUGAUAUGAUACCCAUGUACGAAGAAGAUUUGGCAGCACUGGACAAUAUUAACGAACGAGACAUAUUGGAUCUGCUGCAAAGGCGUUUCGAGAUGGGGCAGUGUUACUCCUUCAUUGGUGAUAUUCUGUUGUCACUGAAUCCCAAUGAGAAAAUCAAUAUUGGUGUACGGUACACAAUAAAAAUUUUGGAUUAUUUUGGAUUCGAAUGUUUCAAGCAGAAUGGAUUCUCACAACUUCUUGUCAAUGCUUUGAAUGAACAACUUCAUUAUCACUUUCUUCAAAGAGUGUUCGCUUGGGAGUUGCAGGAUCUGCAGAGCGAAGAUAUAGAAUUCACCUACUUCUCGUACUAUAAUAACAAGGAUACAUUGAAUGAAUUAUUGGGAAAACCAGAAGGAGUUUUGUCUCUAUUAGAUGAUGCCUCUAAAAAAGGACACAGCGGGCGAUAUAUCCUAGAUAAUAUGUACAACGAAGACAAAAGGAAGGUGCUAGUUUAUAAUGAAAGCAGCUUCACUGUCACACAUUUCACGGGAAAAGUUACCUACAGUUGCAAGGAAAUGCCCGACAGGAACCGCGAUUUUCUACCCCAGGAAAUCAUAGAAACCAUGAGAGGUUCCACUAAUCCCAUAAUAAGUUUAUUGUUCACCAAUAAACUUGAUGGCACUGGAAACGUCAUCUUGCCUCCCGAAGAAAUCAAGAAGUCAAAAUAUACUUUCACGCCAAAGAUAAGUAGUGACAGACAAUAUUCCCAAAUCAAGAAGAUGCGCACCCAAAGUACAGUUUUCAGAUCACUUUGUUUGAGCUUACUCAAGGAGUUGUCAGUUGGAAGUGGAGCAGGAAACACUCAUUUCGUGAGGUGUAUCCGGACAGAUUUGAAGGGAGCUCCAGGAAGUUUCAGAAGAGAGCUUGUUAAACAGCAAAUAAGAGCAAUGGCGGUAGUGGAAACAGCCAAGACCAGGCAGCAGGGGUAUCCACAUAGAAUAUCGUUUUCGGAGUUUUUGAGAAGGUACAAAUUUCUGGCAUUCGAUUUCGACGAAAACGUAGAAAUAACAAGAGACAACUGUAGAUUGUUACUGAUUCGACUAAAAAUGGAAGGAUGGGCUUUGGGCAGGACCAAAGUAUUUUUGAAGUAUCACAACGAAGAAUUCCUCUCACGACUUUAUGAAACCCAAGUGAAGAAAAUCAUCAAAAUUCAAAGUAUUCUUCGAGGAUUCCUUGUCCACUGUAGACUCGCCAAACAAGUCAAAGAAGAACAAAAGGAAUGCAUCGAAGAAAUCAAAAAACGAAGAAGAAGCAGUGUAAUGACAGAAGAUGAAGCGGCGGAAAUAAUACAAAAAGCUUAUAAAAAGAAAACUAAACGCAAGGAAUGUUUGGAACUUUAUGAGCAAUUAACAGAAGCGGAUAUUAAAUUCAUCAGGCCUUUUGCGAUGAGAUGGAAAAAUAAAAGUUUAUUUUAUGUACUGAUGCGAUACAGGGGUAUGAAAUUACAGGAUUUUUUUAAUCUAUCGCAACAGGUACAUCUAUACAACAUGAAUUAUGUUCAUAGUUUAGAAGAAAUCCAAGAAGACAUCGACUUGGAAGAUGUUGAUAUAAAGGCAAAUGCAUCAUCCUGGUUGGGAGAGAUGAAGAGCUCCGUUCUGAAGAAACAAUUCAUCUUGGAGGAUAUACCUUUCUAUGAUUCGUCGAACGUAUGUGACUUUCUCAGACACUUGGGAAGUUUUGCUGAUAAGGAAGAGUCAUGGGAUACUCCUUAUCGAUGGAGAGACUCCAAAUCCCUCACAAAAGAAGAUGAUUCGGAAGAUGAGGUGGACAGUAAAGGUUUAUCCAACAUAAACUACUCGAGAGAUCCUGAAGAGGAAAUGGCGUCGCUCACAAGUCCAGUGGAUUCAGAAGAAGGAACUAAGGAAACUAAAGAUCUUUUCAAUGUGGCUGUUAAAGGAAACAUUUCUACAGUACCAGUCACUUCCGAUCAAAAAAAUAAAAAUGUGAUGAAGAAGGACAGUUUCAAAGGAAAGAGUAAAUUUCAAUCAGAAAAAUCCCCAUUUCCGAAUGUUAAUCUUCGAAAAACUGAUACUUACAAGAAGAAAGCAAACCAGGAAAAUUUUACCAUCAACUCCGCCCCUGCUAACAAAGAUUUUGACUACAUCAAAGCUACUCCUGUCAGUAUUAAACCAAAACACUCUGUUGAUCCAAUAGCUGAAAUGAGAAGCAUUGCUCGAAGAGAAAGCAAUACUUCUGAGGACGACCCACCUUUCAACUUCCAAGGGAUGUUGAGAAAGACUAACUUCAAGAGAGAAUCUCUGAAGAAUACUAUGCAAGCAGUACGUAGAUUCUCUCUAACUCAAGAUCAAGAGAAGGGAGAUAAAGCAAAGGCUCUUACCAACGGUAACUUGAAAGAAGAACCUAUAAUCAGUAAACCAGUUUCUGUGGAAAUAUUGCCGGGUCUAAUCAUGGAAGGAGUUGAAGUAGAACUCUAAGAUGUAACUCUCCCCUUGCGUUAUUUCUGCUAGAAGAAGUUGUUUAUAUAUUUUAGUGAAUAAUGUAAGAACUUUUUUGUUUUCAUUGAAUGUUAUUCUUCAGAGUUAAUUUUUUUCAUUUGUCAAGGAUAAGACAAUAUAUUUGAAUGGUAUUUAAUUUCAA